AUGGGACGAGGAAAUAUGGGAAACCGAACUACCGACAUGCCAAAAACAAAUGUGGGACGAGGUAAUAUGGGAAACCGAACUACCGACAUUCCCAGAACAAACAUGGGACGAGGAAUUAUGAGAAACCGGACCACAGAUAUGCCCAGAACGAACAUGGGACGAAGAAAUAUGAGAAACCGGACCACAGAUAUGCCCAGAACAAACAUGGGACGAGGAAAUAUGGGAAAUCGGACCACCGACAUGCCCAGAACAAACAUGGGACGAGGAAAUAUGGGAAACCGCACCACCGACAUGCCCAGAACAAACAUGGGACGAGGAAUUAUGAGAAACCGGACCACAGAUAUGCCCAGAACGAACAUGGGACGAAGAAAUAUGAGAAACCGGACCACAGAUAUGCCCAGAACAAACAUGGGACGAGGAAAUAUGGGAAACCGAACUACUGACAUGCCCAAAACAAACAUGGGACGAGGAAAUAUGAGAAACCGAACUACUGACAUGCCCAGAACAAACAUGGGACGAGGUAAUAUUAGAAACCGGACCACCGACAUGCCCAGAACAAAUAUGGGACGAGGAAAUAUGGGAAACCGCACCACCGACAUGCCCAGAACAAACAUGGGACGAGGAAAUAUGGGAAACCGGACCACUGACAUGCCCAGAACAAACAUGGGACGAAGAAAUACGAGAAACCGGACCACGGAUAUGCCCAGAACAAACAUGGGAAGAGGAAAUAUGGGAAACCGAACUACUGACACGCCCAGACCAAAUAUGGGACGAGGAAAUAUGGGAAACCGCACCACCGACAUGCCCAGAACAAACAUGGGACGAGGAAAUAUGGGAAACCGGACCACCGACAUGCCCAGAACAAACAUGGGACGAGGAAAUAUGGAAAACCGAACUACUGAUAUACCCAGAACAAACAUGGGACGAGGAAAUAUGAGAAACCGGACCGAAACAAAUAGGGGAGGAAGUGACAAUUAG